UCUGUAACGAGUUAACGUGCAAAACGGUGUAUAUGUUUAGUCACGUGACUACUUUACAGGAAUAAAUAACUGAAAUUCGCCCAGUGUUGCCGUUUCUUCGUUUCAUCGUGACCCAGUUGCGCUAGUGUUUUCACGUCUUGUUAAAAACAGUUUGCAAAAUGAAGACUGUUUAUUGCUUGGUACUUGUGCUGGCCUUGACCUUCGUCCCCGAGCACGUGGAUGGCUGGUUCUUCCGGUCUGUGCGCAGAAUCCGCUUCAACCCCUACCACACGUUGGGUUGUAUGGCUGCCUGCAAGUGGGCCAGGAGCUGGGCGUGUAAGGUCUGUAAGAGGAAGAGGGGACUCGACGUGCCGGAUGAUGACGUAGAUCCAGUGGAGGAUUCCGAUGUGCCGACAGUUCUGCAUGAUCUGGAUGUAAACGGAGAUGGUUUUGUUGAAAUGAACGAGAUCGCUCACGCGACCGGCCUGAAAGUAACCAACCCAGUUCUACUCGCCAGAUUCCACAAGGGCGAUACAAAUGGUGAUGGCAAAUUGGACCUCGCUGAAUUCAAACAAUUCCACUUUGACAACAAAGAGGAAUUCAACGGCGACAUGCACCAAUCUGGAACAGAUUUUCAACGGGCGGCAGACGCUGAUUUUCCCUUCAUUAUAAAGUGCCCAAUUUUCGAAGAGCACCUUUGUGCGACUCGACUCAUCAGUCAACUAAGCUGCACAAUAAAUGAUUGAGGUA